AUGUGGUCCCGGAGUUUAGGCCUCUUGCUCGUACCGGCCAUUGUGCUCCUGCUUCUUAUCUCUCCGUCUGCAGCGGCACGCCACCAUGUGGGCCGCAUCUCUGAGCCGGCCCAUGGCUCGUGGGUGCCACGAUUUAUGCGUCUUGCUUGGCUGCGCGACUCCAUCGCCGACUACAUCUUCAACCGGGAUCGUUUGAGCACUGGUGACCCGCAGCGCACGCAGUGGUAUGCCGCUGCCAACUCGGCGCGGUACGCCCAGCAGACCGUGAUCCGCUUCAAUGUCGCUACGCCAGACGAGGAGGCUGCUCUGGCUGCCGCUGCUCAGCGUCUCUUCCUCGACAUCUGGUCCUUCAACAACUUCACGGGCACCGUCGACAUCCUGAUUGAUAAGGAGGAUGUGUCAUCGCUGUUGACGUUGCUGCCCACGAGCCUACACCGGUCCUUUUCACCGCUUGUGCCAGACCUGGCUGCGGCCGUCCGCGACACAUACCCGAAACUGUCGGCCUUGGCCGGCGGUGAUGGCGCCGCCUACUUCCCGCCCAAGUCACCCGGCUCGUUCCCGAACGAUGAGACUUCCGUCACUGGUGGUGGUGGCACGGACAACAUCUUCUUCCGCGACUACCAGCCAUACCCUGUGAUUGUUCAGUGGAUGAAGCUGUUGGACGUCAUGUUUCCGUUUGUCAACACGGUCAGCGUCGGCGAGUCGGCCGAGGGUCGCGAGAUCCUUGGUCUGCGUGUGGGCACGCAGGAUAGUGGAUCUGAGCGCGAGCCGUUUGACAGCCACGACGUCGAGGAAGUUGAGAAUGUGGACGAGGGUGACGAAGCUGAAGAGGUUGACGACAGCGAGGAGGACGACGGCUUCGUGAUCCUGAAGAAGAAGAAGCACAACAAGCACAAGAAGGGCCGGGGGGACAAGAAGAACGAGAACCACAAGAACCACAAGAGCAAGCCGUCGCCACCGGGCGCCGCCGAGCCGCCUAGGAAGAGAAAGACGAUUCUGAUUACGGGCGGCCUGCACGCCCGUGAGUGGAUCUCGUCCAGCUCCGUCAGCUAUAUCGCCUGGGCCAUCAUCACCGGCUACGGCCACACCAACAUGAUCACCAAGCUUGUCGACAACUUUGACAUUGUCCUCGUGCCCGUCGUCAACCCGGAUGGCUACGAGUAUACCUGGCAGACCGACCGUCUCUGGCGCAAGACCCGCCAGACCACCAACUUCCGCUACUGCCGCGGCCUCGACCUUGACCACGCCUUUGGCUACGAGUGGGACAGAAAGACCCGCGACGAGCCCUGCUCCGAGUCUUACGGCGGCGAGUCUGCAUUUCAGGCCGUUGAGGCCCAAACUCUGUCUGCCUGGGCCCGCCGCGAGGUCGACGACAACAACGUCGAGUUUAGCGGCUUCUUGGAUCUGCACUCGUACUCCCAGCAGAUCAUGUUCCCUUUUUCCUACUCGUGCGCCGCCGACCCGCCGAAUCUCGAGAACCUCGAAGAGCUCGCAGCUGGGCUCGCCAAGGCCAUCCGCCUGUCCACGGGCGAGACCUAUAGUGUCUCAUCGGCCUGCGAGGGCGUUAUGAGCUUUGCCAGUGACACUCCCGCCACGACCCGCAUCGAGUCCGGUGGCGGCUCUGCCAUUGACUGGUUCUACCACGAGCUGCACGCCAAGUACAGCUACCAGAUCAAGCUGCGUGACACGGGCAGCUACGGCUUUCUGCUGCCGAGCUCCGAGAUUGUGCCCACGGGUGAAGAGGUUUUCAGUGCUGUCAAAUACUUUGGUGACUUUUUGCUCGGAAACAACGGUAUUGAGAAGUCGUACGAGCACGACGCUGAUGUCACGCCCGAAACCGAGACAGAGGCCAAGCCGGUGAUGGAGAUGCCCAGCAGCGACACUGCCGCCGCAAACAAGAUCAGCAAAGUCGACAAGAUGCAUAUCACCGACGACGCGGACCUCGAGAACGAACAGUUUGCCAUCCUCCUAUCCGGCCGGAGGCGGAGGUGA